CCAUCGCCUGUGGGGUGCCAACGGCCGGGGAGCAUCCCGAGACAGCUCGAGGUAACACGGUUCCGGCCAGCGCAGCCCCGGUUCGGUUAGUCUGCUUUCCUUCUUCCUUGAUAAUAACUUCCUCUUGUAAAGUGAACAAAUAAUCUUGUGAAUUUAUGGAGCACGUGUAUUAUUGAAGACUUAGCUCUACUACACCAGUAACAGAAAGUCAGACGAUUGUGAUUUGGAGUCGUGGAGAAUUCACAGUCUUUCCACAAUGGCAGAAAGGACAGAUGACACAAAAUCACAAAUUUCACUGGCUGCAUACAGCCCCGUCAAUAAAUCAGAAAGGACAGAUCCAAGUAGAACACAGGAUGGAGAUGAAAAUACAUUACAACUGAAGAAAGAAAUAUCUUUACUAAAUGGGAUAAGCCUUAUUGUAGGCAACAUGAUUGGUUCAGGUAUCUUUGUCUCUCCCAAAGGAGUUCUCAUCUACAGCAAAUCUUAUGGAUUGUCUUUAGUAAUUUGGGCAGUUGGAGGGAUAUUUUCAGUCUUUGGAGCUCUCUGCUAUGCUGAACUUGGAACCACUAUUACAAAGUCAGGAGCCAGCUAUGCAUAUAUCUUGGAAUCUUUUGGGAGCUUCAUUGCAUUUAUUCGUUUGUGGACCUCACUCCUCAUUGUUGAACCAACUAGUCAGGCAGUCAUUGCCAUCACCUUUGCUAACUACAUAGUUCAGCCUUUCUUCCCUUCUUGUGACCCUCCGUAUGUCGCUUGUCGUCUCAUAGCAGCUGCUUGUGAAUGUCUUUUAACAUUUAUAAAUUGUGCCUACGUUAAGUGGGGCACACGUGUGCAGGAUAUAUUUACUUACGCUAAGGUCACUGCUCUUAUUGCCAUCAUCAUCGCCGGACUUGUUAAAAUAUUCCAGGGACAUACAUGGCAUUUUAAGGACUCUUUUGAGGGAUCCUCUACUGAUAUUGGAGAAAUGUCUCUUGCAUUGUAUUCUGCCUUAUUUUCUUACUCUGGUUGGGAUACACUCAAUUACGUAACAGAAGAAAUCAAAAACCCGGAAAGGAACUUGCCCCUGGCUAUUGCAGUAUCUAUGCCAGUUGUGACUGUUAUCUAUAUUAUGACCAAUAUAGCUUAUUAUACAGUGCUGGAUGCUCAUGCUGUUCUCGCUAGUGAUGCUGUGGCAGUGGCAUUUGCCGACCAGGUAUUUGGUCUAUUCAGCUGGACAAUUCCCCUUGCUGUAGCCUUUUCUUGUUUUGGUGGACUUAAUGCUUCAAUUUUAGCAUCAUCAAGGCUAUUUUUUGUAGGAUCUCGGGAAGGUCACCUUCCUGAUCUGUUGUCUAUGAUCCACGUAAAGAGGUUCACACCUGUGCCAGCACUUCUCUUCAAUUGUUUUAUGACCCUUAUUUACCUGUGUGUGGAAGAUGUCUUCCAGUUAAUUAAUUACUUCAGCUUCAGUUACUGGUUUUUUGUUGGUCUGUCUAUUGCUGGGCAGUUAUAUCUACGUUGGAAAGAACCAGAUCGGCCAAGACCUCUUAAGCUGAGUCUGGCUUUCCCAAUAAUAUUCUGUUUAUGCACAGUAUUUCUGGUGGUAGUGCCACUCUAUAAAGACUUUGUAAAUUCAGUGAUUGGAAUUGCCAUUGCUUUAUCUGGAAUUCCAUUCUUUUUCUUGGGAGUAUAUUUACCUGCAUCAAGGAGACCUCAAUUUAUUAACAAGAUUAUAGAUGUCGUCACACGAAACAUGCAGCUGCUCUGUUACUGUGUUUUAACAGAGAUGGACCCAAAUGAAGAAAAGAAGUUAGAAAACAAAUCAAACUAAAGUUUAAAGCCAUUACAUGAAACAGGAGGGAGAAUAAAGAAAUUACACCAACGAAAGGGAAGAGCUAGAACUGGAAGACACAGAAAAACUGUGGUGGUCUUUCAGAAAUGCUGAAAAUAUUCUUACUUGCAGAUGGAUUCCAGCAUGGAUCAUGCCCUUGUGACAUCCUAAAAUGUGGCAUGUUUUCAGGGCAGGUUUUCAUGGGAUAAUGAUUACCUACUCAUUACCUACUCACACAAGCAGUGUGUCAAUACUGUUUCUUCUUCAGAAUUGGUACGAAAAUGAUAAGAGCUAAUGGAUCAAAUUAGAUUUCUGCAGAACCAGGUGGUGAAGUAGUGCAUUAUUAAGUUAGACUUAAACCCACUUUGACUCCAAAGACCAACUCAUUUCCAGCUUAAUUCUGAUGGAUGUUUGCAUGAAAUGAUUUGCUGUACUAUCUCAGUUCUUAUCCCAGAAAAAAACUGGUCACAACAAACACUUCAUUGGUUUUUCUUCCCCAAUGAUAAGUUCUGCUCCAUUAUUUAUAGACUGAGCCAACCUUUCUCCCUUCAACACUUUAUUCUGUAUGCUGUAUGAAAAUGUAUCUGACUGUGGCAAGGAUUUAAUCAGCAAAGCACCUUGGCACUAAAGAUUUGAUUAAUAGUCGAUUUGUACUUGUUAUCUUUUUAGUACUUUGCCAAUUUCUGUUAGGUUUUAUGAAACUUCUAAAAUUAAAAUGUUCAGUUUGAAGCCUGUAA